UUCAGCGUUAGCGAGCGGGGCGGGGCGGUACCUCCGCCUUCUCGUUCCCGUUCUGUGCCGUGCUUCCGUGCCGCCGCCCCUUUGCUUUCGCUUCCCACCGGCUCUGCAGCGCGGCCAUGGAGAACGGCGGCGUUUACAACGAGACCACCGAGCCGCGGGCCAAGCUGCCGCUCCGCCGCCGCUGCGGCUGCACCCUGCGGCACCUGCGGGGCUGGCGGCUGGCGCACAAAGUCCUGCAGCCGGUCCUCUCUUUCCUGGCUGUUAUUUUUGAAGAAAUUGUGAAGGACUGUAUCAACUGCCAUGGGCUGUACUUCUUUGAAUUUGUAAGCUGCAGUGCCUUUCUUUUGAGCCUCCUGAUCCUGUCUGUGUAUUGCACUAUUGCAUAUGAAACAUUUGGGAAAGAUAAAGUAAACAAAAUGAAUUUUUGGACCGUGCUAAUUACAGGUGCCUUCUUUCUGAUAGCUUCAAUAGUGCUUGCUGCAACCAGCUCUGGGUCUGCUUUUGAAAAAGCUGCUUGUGUGUUUGGAUUUUUUGCAAGUGGGGCAUUUUUAGCUGAAUUUAUAUGGGAGCUUUGGAGCAGUCGGAAACAAAGCACUGAAGAACGCUCUGAAAAUGCAGGCCACACUCAAGGGGCCACAGAAGAUCAGCCACUGAAUAAGCCAAGCUAAACUUUCUGAAAUCAGUUCAUUUUUUUUUUGAGUGGAGCAAACUAAAACAAAGUUUCAGCGCUCUGUAGGUAAUAACUUCCAUCUCUUCUUUCCAAUCAGUUUUUUAUCCGUUGCUCAUGACAAAAAUUUAACGAUCUGUAGGCAAGUAAUGGCAUCUUGAGCAUCAUGUUUUAUUUCAUUUUCUAAGUAACUGGUCCUGCCAUCCAUUCAGUUGGGUAUACCUUUAAAAAAAAGUGUAAAUAGAAUAACUCGAGGACAACAGUGUGCUGGUUUGAUCUUGGUAGAAGUGAGUGAUAAAGGGAAAUAUGUGAUACAUAAAUUCUUAGUUAUGCUCUAAAGACAUUUUCUAUAUAACUUGGACCAGAUACUUCUCUUAACAAGUUCCAAAUUAGAAGAGCAGAAUUCAUUCUUAUUGGUCAAGCAGUGAAUGUAAAAGAGACACAUAACUGCAGCCUUGCAAAAAUGCUUAUCCUUAUUUAAGAGCGUGGGAUUUUGUUUUUACUAUUCACUCUCUUCAGUUCUGCCUGUGAGAUCAGUCUAAUGAAAUAGUGAGCACAGAGUUUUUGUGCAGGGGGCAAUGUAGUUGUUUCUUAAGGAAAGAGCUUCACUCAUCAUGACCAUCAGUGUUCACAGUAGUAUGGCACAACGUUCUUUCAGACUGCUUCAAAACCAAGAUUUGCAGGAAUAAAGAAAAACUAUCUGUGAGAGGAAAAAUUGAAGAAUAAGUGUUUUCACAGAGUAACCCCAAAGUAGCAAUUUGAACAUCAAUAGGAAAAGCAUUUCUGGGAAAAACAUGACUUCACACUGGUACUAUCUAGGUGAAUGUAAUUUGUAAGGUUAAUGGCAUCCACAACUUGUCUAUGCAUAGAUAACAGUGAGCUUUACUGGAAUUGUUAUGGGCCAUGUUAUUUUCUUUGCUCUAGCGCAAUAUGGCACUGGUAUAAGACUUCUUCCUACUGGUUGGCUUAGCUGGUGAGCAGGUAAACAAGUGCAUGUACCCUAAAGCAACAGGCUAUGGGACUGCAAGAAACACUGCUGACGCAGCAUGUAUCAGACCAAUGAUGGACAUAUCAGGCUAGAUGCUGAUUGCUAUAUAUAAAGUGGAAAAAAAGGCAUUUUUUCAGAUGUCUGAGGCAGAAACACAAUUGCUAGAUGUCGUGUAGAGGAACACCUUCAAAAGUAGGGCAAAAUGCCAUAAACCAAGAGGUGUUCCAAAGUACCAGAACAUGUGAGAGAAGAAAGUUGAUUAUGCAAAAACAGUUCUUGCUUGGGUUCUCAUGACAUCUGUAAUGUCUUCCAGGCAUUAGCACCAUUUCAUCAAUACUGUUGUCUGACAGAUUUAUAGUCCUGCAACCUGUUGCGGCAGCACUGAGACUAAGCCCUCCAGAAAUUGUCUAUGAGAGCUGCAUUUGGAAAGGGAUGAGGAAGCCAGUGUAAGAGAAAGCAGUGUAAAAGGUCAACAUUUUUUUUCUAGUACUGUUACUUUCUGAUGAACAUGAGUUUGUGAUGUUCUCUCCCUAAGCUCUGAGCCUUAACUUUAACACUACACUUUGCUUGGGGAAUGUAACAUUUUGACAGCUGGUGUGAAGCACCAAUAUUAAGCUGUGUCUUGGUUUCAGGGCCAUGCAUAAAAUACAUAUUUUCUUUUAUGGAAUUUCUUGCCUUGAAGGCGAAAUGUUAUUUGGACUGUCAUUUAUUUUCUUGUAUUUAUUAGGAUCCAUUUGCACUAACCUGAUCUCAGAGUAGGUGUACAGAGCUUGCUGUUGCUGUGUCUGAAAACGGUGUGGAUUAGAGAUGUGUUUGUUUACAAGCAAUGUGUCUGGCAAUAGGAAACUGGUCACAGGGAAAAAUAUCUCUGCUGUAAUUUGCAGUGUCUUACUUUGGGGUAUUUGUUCACAAUGGUGAUUAACAUUUUAGGUUGGUGUGAGUUUUUUGUGUAUUUAUUUGUUUGGUUUUGAUUCCUUUUUAGUUUAUUGCCCAAGAUUCUACUGAUUUUUUCUGAUAUCAAGAUUUCUGUUGUUUCUUAAUCUUGAUGCUAUAAAUACAGCGUAAGAAUAACAAGGUGCUGCUGAUAUUAUUUAAACAAUGCAGGACCAUGAUGAAACUGAUUACCUUCUCUAUGGACUUUUCUCUGCUUAAGUGCUUUGCUAUUGGCAUCCAUUCCUGAAUUGGAGAUGUAAGUACCAAGAGGGAUCUGUGAAGCCAUUUCUCUGCCUUGGACCUCCCUAUCUAUACAGUAUCUACCACUGAUUCUUUACAAACAAACUGGAAUACAGAGCAAGUUACUUUUACCAAAAGGUGCCACAAGCAGUUGGUGUCAGAAGUGACUGGAACUGAGUUCUGACUCCCAUAACCUGUGUUAGACCAGAAAUAUUGCCAAGCCUUGCAGAAUAGUUUGAUAGAUUCUCUUGCUACAUAUAUGCUGGCAUCCCUGGUGUGUUUCAGGUUGUUAAGAGUGAGGAUUUUUUAUAUACACUUCAUUCUCCAUGUAGCUGUUCCAAGCAGUUAGUGUUUACUCAUUCUCUCACCAACGGACUGAUCUGUGGAUAGAUUUGAGAACCAAAUUCUGUUGACUGAAAGGGAUGAAAGCAUUGCCACCAGCUAAUGAAAAUGAGCAGGUAGUUUUCUGGAGGCUGGUUAGAUCUGUUUUCCCUUGUUAUAGGAUUUUCAUAAUAGGAGACAUGUAAUUCUUUAAAACAGUAUGUAAUGCUUCAUUCCAGAUACUGUCUAACUGGCAUUCAUCUGUCAUAUAGAAAAGUAGUUAAAUACCGUAUAUGGGUUAUGAGUUUGAGAUAAUUGCUAAACUGUUGUUACUAAAACAGCUGUUUGUUAACAAAGCAGUUUCUGUAUGGUUGUACUGUUAGUCCUAGGCUUUCAAGCUUAAGGGGAAGGUGUAGUUGGUUUUUUGUUGUUGCUGCUUAAAAAUAGUUGGGAAUGAGGUUUGUUUGUAUCUAUGCAUUUCUCUGCUGCUGCUUAACUUGCUUUGUCAGCUCCCCAGGGUACAAGGGCAGAUGUGUGUCUCUGCAACCAUGGUAGGGUGAGAGAUUUCCUUACUGCCACAGCCAAGCAGAGUGGUCUCCUGCAGUCCUGAUAUGCUCCUGUCAUGCUCCUGGUGUUGGCUGCAGGCUUUGAGUGUCUCUCCUCCCAUUAGGCUGAUCCCAGAGGCACUGUAUUAAACACCAGUUUUCUCAGGAGGCUGUAUGCCUCCCACACUGCCAUGCACUGUCAGUAAAGUAAUCAGCAUCUUCUCCAGCCUGUUCCUGAUUAAACCAUUCUGCUUCCUUUAAAUCAGCUAUUUCCAUUGCUAAACAAAGUUGGCUGAUUUUGACUGAAGUGGAUUAGGGAUUAUUCAGGAGAAUGGUGGGAGCUUCAGCAGAAGGGCAGUUAUAAAGAACUAUCUGAAAUUUCUUUUCCUGAUUGCGAAAGCAGCCACACUUGUACAGUCUGAACUGAUAGUAAAACCUGUGGAAAGCAGCAGUUGGCACAGUACAUCAAGCUGAGGAUUGUCUUCACCUUCUUCAACGCUGUGCUUGGCAGUGGUGCUGUGAGCCUGCUCAGACACAUUCAAAGCUUUAGCAUGCUCCAGUCAAGCCCGUCCAAAAAUACUUGAAGGCUCCGCACUGACUUUCAAGCAUCACUUAUGCUUACAGUGCUGUGAGAACCUGCGCAGAGGGUUCUCCAGGACGUGUCAAGACCUGCUGUUGAGUAGCUGAACUGUGAGUUUUUGCUCUGAGAAGCCACAUGUGCGUUAUGUAGAGUAUGAAUUUUUCAUGUGUUAAGCACAUCUUAAAAUCAGAAUGCCAGCAAGGCCCUUUGGAUUCAAAUCUUUGAAGGAACUGUGCCCUACAGCUUGUAAUCUGUGCUUGAAAACAGCAGGGCAGGGUUGUGGUCCUGUACAGUUCAGUUCUACCAUUGCACCCACCAACUUAAAAAUGCAGUGAAUUGCCUCACGCAGCUCUAUGAGCUCAGCACAAGAUGUUUUUACAUAAUGGCUAUUGUGGUAAUCCUCGCUCUGUUCAAAUUUGUGCAAUAAAAAUACCGAGCUUACUACACUGAGGGGAAAUAUUUUGUGAGAUAUUUGAGAGACUGUAUGAAGUUGUAAUGAAUUAAUAUGCCGGCAGUGCCUUUAAGAUGGAAAUUCAUCUUUGUUUUAGUUUAUUAUCAGGAAAUACCUAGAUUAAACCUUACACUGUUCAGAACUAUCACUUUCAAACGUUUGGGAACUUAAGUGCCUUUUAAUAAUUAUUAAAUCAGAGCAAUAAAGCAUUAUUUUAUAUAUAGAAAAAAAGAAGCAUAUAGUUUUGGAGCCAGUGUUACCUUGAACUUCCAUUAAAAUAAUUGUGAAAUGUUUAAUUAUUUUUCCAUUCUAAAUCUGUCAUCUUUUUAAUGUAUUACGACUUUUUGUUCCU